AUGAGACUGCAACUGAAGGAGAGGCAGAGACACUCAACUGUCAAUAUACCAGCAGUUCAACAAAUCCAUCUCUAUUCUGGUACAAACAGGAUGGACACAACAGACCCAGAUUCAUCCUGAGUCGCUUUAAAGGAGAUGAAGGAAACACACCAGAGGAGUUUAAGGAGAGAUUUUCCUCCACACUGAAUUCCUCCUCCAACUCAGGAUCAGUUCCUCUGAAGAUCCAGAACCUUCAUCAUUUACACUGAAACCUACUGAUGGUUCUCCUACAGUCUCCUGAGUUUAUUGAUCAUCUCUUCUGCUUGUUUUCUUCUUCCUCAGAGUGUAAAGGAGAAGACUCAGUGACCCAGACAGAGGGAGAAAUCUCUGCUUUUGAAGGACACACAGUUACACUCAACUGUACAUUUGAUACAAGUAGUACAACUCCAACAUUGUUCUGGUACCGACAGGAUCUUCAGGAUUCCCCAAAGUACAUGCUGAGAUCUUACUAUGGAACAGUUGAAAAUGCACCAGAGUUCAACAAAGACAGAUUUAUAGCUGCAACAAAUGGGAAACUAUUUCCUCUGAAGAUCCAGAACCUUCAUCUGUCUGACUCUGCUGUGUACUACUGUGCUCUGCAGCCCACAGUGACAGGAAACACCAAAACUCUCUACAAAAACCAUUGA